CCCAGAGUUGCUGUGUCGUGUGUGUCGGAGCCACCCAAGCACCAUGAAGACCCCGAGGGAGAGCUUGCCGCCCCACUGCCCCAAGAAAUCGCCGCCAUUCCCCCGGAUCUCUUCCUAUCUGAUCGACAGCAUCUUGGGACGGAGCAGUCCACCCAUCAAACGUGAGGGCGUCCCUUCCUGUGCUGCACGGACGGGCAAGGAUCCCGAAGGAGAGGCUGCCUCUCUUCAACUGAAGAUGGGGAGUAAAUCUUCUGAAGGGGUGGAAAUUGAAGGACAAUCCGAAGUGGGGAGGGUUUGCGGAUUGGAAUGGUAUCAGCUGUGUCGUUCCAAACGGGAGGAAGCCAGCAGCGGCGAGCCUGAGAAAUGGUUCAAUGAACUCGCUUCAAGCGAAAGCGAUGCGACCUCCGGUUUGAUGAGUGGACCAGACCAAGCGAAACCUCCGCGGACAGACGGAGAGGACAACGCGGGGAGUUCUGGAGACAGAGAGGCAUCGGCGGACAACCAAAUCCGGGAACAGAGAGGACGGGAAGAUCAACCGAGUGACGACACGGGGCAGAAAGACAGUACCAGAGAGAACCGGGCCCUUCAGUAUUAUUCUUGUACCGGGGACCAGGAGCACGGCUCGUUCAAGCGCAAACAGCGCCGCUACAGAACCACUUUCACCAACUUUCAGCUGGAGGAACUGGAGAGGGCUUUUAGGAAAACACACUACCCCGAUGUCUUCACAAGGGAGGACUUGGCCAUGCGACUGGAUUUAACCGAAGCCAGGGUGCAGGUUUGGUUUCAAAACCGUCGGGCCAAGUGGAGGAAGCGGGAGAAGGCCGGAAACCUGAGCCACCCUCACGCUCUGUCCUUGGCCAGUCCCCUGGGGCUGUACUUGGAUGUACCAGUGGGCCAUUCCUCUGGCGUGGAGCCCAGCUGGAGGUCAGCGGCCAUCCCCGCGUUCAGUGCUCCAGCAACUGCCAACUCCUAUAACCCUGCAGCCCAGCUCGGUAUCAGCACUUUCAUCGGGACCACUUUCUUCAGACACCCGUUGCUCAGCCCACACUUCGGGAGGUUUUUUACGAUGAACCCGCUGAUGGCAGCCUCGCUGGUUGUAAAGCCUUCGAUUCCCAACCUGGACUCCGGUGUGUUUCCAGCCCAGCCGCAGUCGGCUGCCUUAGACAGGAAAUCCUCCAGCAUCGCCAGUCUGAGACUCAGAGCGAAAGAACACGCUGCGCCGAGUCCCCCAGUCGCCCUGCUCCCGAACCUAGCAAGUGUGGGGAAAGAGGUGUGUUGAGAGACAUUGCAGCCAACUCCUCACCAUCUCCCACCUCCCCUCCAAAUCCCCAUCCAGUCAGCCACCAUGAAAGGGCCUGGCGGUCACCGAGCACAUACUGUAGCCCGCUCAGCAGCAGAUCAGAGGCAGCUGAAGAGAAAACUACGUUUGGAACCCAAGUGAAGCGUGAUUUUGGGGGCGAAAUUCUGGUUCCCGGAGAGCUGGCGCCCAUGAAAUGGAUGAAAUUUUCGUCGGCGGGGCAAACGAUUAAACAAAAGAAAGUCACUCCCCCUUUUGUGACGAACCUGCCUUGUGCUGUCAACAUUUUAUUGUAACCAAACAAAACCAAAGCCAAACAAGUGUUUUGUGCUACGCCACCGCUUUCUUCCUAAAAAAAAUGCUACAAUUCUGAUUAGUAGCGCCCAUACGCUGAAAGACUUCUGCAUUUAAUGACCCGUAACAGUGUAGAUAGAUGUACUUAGACCGUGAUUCAUAAAUGACCUAUGUAAUUUAUAAAAUGGCUUUCAGAUGUAACAGAAUAUAUAGUAUUUUAACGUUAAGUAAUGCGUCUCGUGGUAUCUCCCGUCUUAUUCUAUGAGAUUUAUACAAUUGCAAAGUGUAUUUAAUGAUACUGUCAGGUGAUUAUCUGCUGUUCUCCGCACUGGAACCACCUCAUCUGCUCCGCAUUCAGGGAAAUGUUGGAGUUCCGUAACAGAAGAACGCACUGAUUUGCAAGAUUUUCCUCACAGACUGCUGCGCUUAGAUGUCAAGAAGUUAGAAGUACGCCGUUCGGCCCCUCGAAUCCUGUUCCGCUUCUGACAGGGUUGGACUGCGUCUUAACAAUGAACAAAACAAAAAAAGUAACACUUCAUUAAAUAACACAAUUGAUACCCCAAUGACUAGCGCACUGUUCUUGGGAACGAGUUAACCCUCGUCAUUAACCUUCAGACCAAUUUGUAAAGCCCUAACAAAUCUAAAGGUAGAUCAAGGGGACAAUUCGUGGAGCCAUUGAGAUAUACAGCCCUUCGAGCCAUCGAGUCUGCGCCAGUCAAAAAUAACUAUUCAAAUCCAAUUUUCCAGCCCUUGGGCCAAUCGACCUUAUGCCUUGGCAUCGCAAGUACAUAUCUAUAAUUCACUUGAAAAAACCUUUUAAAGUCCCUCCUCCUGGCCUGCUUAUUAUUUUGGAAAUGGCUGCGGAUUUUCUUUUUCAGAAGUGCCGAAUUGGACAGAUUGUUAAAGAUGGAAAUGUUAUUAAUAGUGCCCGCAUCUUCUUAAAGACAAGGGGUGAUGAAUCGUUAAUUAGACCCAUUGGAAUGUGCGGAGAGCCUGACUCCGAGUUUGAGUCCUGUCUUUCAUCUAAAAAGAGUACUAUUGGCAGCUCAAACAAUUAUUUAUAAAAAGACCCAAAGGAAAAUGCUAAUGAAUGUAUUUAUCGAAAUGAUUGAGCGAUAAAUUGCUCUUUAAUGUCGAUCCCGCAAGUUUAUUUCAUGCUAAAUUUUAACAGAGCUGGGACUUUUUAUGUUUCCUUUCUUCCCAAUUGUGCGGGUUCCUUCAGACAGCACGUUACAACUAAUCGAGUGCUGUCUCUGAAGAGAAAGCUUAGAAAGUGAGCUGGACGUUCGAGGAGGAUUUAAUCAGCAGCUGAUAAAACACUGAGUUUUCUCCAUCACAAAUUGAGUGAAAGCAGGGCUCUGCCUCACGUAUACACACUCACAGGCUGCCAGACACACACACUCACUCACAGACUAUCAGACAGACACACAUACACAUAUGCCACUAUUUGUCAAAAAAAAAGCAUCCCGAACCAUUUCUGUUCCUUUAAGAGUGGAGAGUCAAUGGUUGGACAUGAGAAAGGCAGCGAUGUAUAAUUGGUGGGAUUUUACUAAGUGUUGUUAUCGUCCUGUAAACCUUCACUGUUCGAUGCUGAUGUAAUGGAACUAGGGGAAAUAGUUUGAGAAUUAAGGUGAGAUUCAUUCAGGAGAGAUAUUAGUAAGAAUUUUUACACAAAGAAAUUGUUAGAUUCUUGGAACUCUCACAAAUGGCAGUGGAUGUUGGCUCAGUAGCUCAUUUUAAAUUUGAGAUAGAUCUUUUUAUUAAGCAAAGGUGGAAAGGAAUAUGGGCUAGAGGCAGAUAUUUGAGUUCAGCACAGAUCUGCCAUGAUCUCAUUGAAUGGUGGAACAGGUUUCAGGAACUGAAUUGCCUCCUCCUGUUCAGAUGAUCCUAAUCCUGUUCAGUUCAGCCUCAGUACUUUAUACUCAUGAAGGUUUUAGGAUCAAGCCCCAUUCUGGAACCUUGAGUAUAGCACACAGGCUGACACUCCCAUGCUUCACUAUCUAGGGAAGAGUUUUCUUGCUCAGAUAUUAAACAAUACUUUCACUGUUCCAAAAUAUCCCCAGGCACUAGUUCAAAGAACUGUUGUGCUGGGUGUUCUGUCCAAUAUCAACCACUAUCACUCAGAUUUGUUACUUAUGAUCAUAUUGCUAUGUUUGGAAGCUUACUCAACAUAGAUUGUCCUCAAUAUUUCCUACAGUAAUUACACUUCAAAAGUUAAGGUCUCAAAACAUCCUAAGGUGCUGAUGGUUGCUAUAUAAAUGCAACUUCUAUGCAUAAUUUUCUUGCAAAUGAGCUGAACUACUGUUAUCUCUGACUUGGAAGCUAAAAGAUACCCAGCAAUGACAUCUUUCGAGGAGGUUGUAAAGGGUAAUGAUUCCUGUUGAAUAUUUCACAGGAAUGGUAUUGUUAAUCAAAUUUUCUUCACAUAUUGCAAGCUCCAGAAUGAUAACAUGACAGCUGUUGUAUAAUU